GCUCAUUACAUGUUCACCAGUCGCUGUAAUACGACGCAACGUGCUACGUCAUCAACAACAGACGCGCAAUCACAAGAAACCAGCAGCAAUAAUGGUAAGAAAUCACGUUGAACGUAUGACUCAAAUAUGCUGUAGAUUUCGUAUUUUCACCUUUAUACAGAGGUCAAAUCAGCCAAAUAUCAGUAUAUUUUGUAUGUGUAUACAUUUGUCGACUCUUAGCUCUCUGCAGCUCGUCGUUAUCGUGUUGAGUGUUUAUCCCGCUGCUGCUAACUUUAGCAUCAUCCUGCUGUGCUGUCUUUCAGCUUUUCUACUCCUUUUUCAAAUCGCUGGUGGGAAAGGAUGUGGUGGUGGAGCUCAAAAACGACCUGAGGUGAGUAUGUUUGCGCUUUAUUUCCAAACACGACAUGUAUGAAUGGUAUUUCCAUUUCUUGUUGUUCGUUAUGAUCAAUUAGUUUACCCUGACGCAGCGAUCAAUAGUUUAUAACUUUCACUGUGAUCUUGUAUUUUUGUUUUGUCUUUAUCAUAAUCUUUAUCCUGAUGUUUGUUUCCUCAGCAUCUGUGGAACACUUCACUCAGUGGACCAGGUUUGUAGCUGUGAUUUCUCUUACUUACUUGAAGCUAUGGAAGCCAUGAACCCACACCACCAGAAACCAAAUAUUUAUUUUAAACCACCCGAAUUAUCUUAUCACAAGAAAACCAGCUUUGUUUUCCAGUGAAAGCAAAAGAAAUAAAAAAGGGAUAUUCCAUAACAUCAACAAUAUAUCACCUGAUGAGGUAAAGCAUGAACUGUGUGCAUACAAUGAUGUCUCAUUGUUAACAAGCAUCAACAAUCCAUGACGUCUGUCUUUGAAAAUAGGAUAUAUUUAUAAUUUAUAAUCAAAUGUUGAGUUUUUCUACAUUCCUGUUUUUAUAACAAGUAGACUUUCAGAAAGACAGUGACAUAUUAAUUUAUGUUAGUAUGGUUAUCGGAUCAAUUGAGUUUGGAAAAUAUUGGCAAUUCAGUGAAGAACUCCUAAUUUUCAGUGAUGAAUUUGACACAGAUGCAGAUGUAGAAAGACGUAAACAAGAUUCAGUUCAGUCCACUGAGAUAAAAGAUUUAGGAACUGCUUUGUUGCAGCAUUGGAAGUAGUUAACUGAGAAACAAAGUCAAUAGAAAGCAGUGAAGUAUGACUGAAUAGUGUAUGUUCCCUUUUUAAGAACUGGCAGAUAAAAAUUCAAAUCUUUGAGACAAGAUUCAAAAUCUUAUGUGUUUAGAUCUGAAAUCCUCACAAGAGAUGACUCACUGCCACAGGAAAACAGAGCAGAUAAAACAUAUGGAUGCAUGUCUGAUUAUAUCACAAAUCAUAAUAUUUUGCAUUCUCAUUUUCCUGUUCGUGUCUUUCAGUAUCUGAACAUCAAACUCACAGACAUCAGUGUCACAGAUCCAGAGAAAUAUCCACACAUGGUGAGUUUAUCUGUCAAACAACAAUCUUUGAGUGUUUUCAAAGCUUCAGUUCUAACUCACAUCAGCAGUAAAACAGUGUAGACAGACUCAAAGUGAUUAACACUGAAAUGAAGCAACAGACGAAUGCAGAUAGUGUUUAAUAACAUCAAACUUUUUAGUAAAUGAUAAAAAUACAAAAUGCAAGGAGAGAUUAUUCUUUAAAUAUUAUGUAAAGGAUAUCAGUUAAAGGGGUUAUUGCACCAUAUUUAAAGCAUCACUUCAGUAUGUCUAUAAUCCAUCUUUGUGACUGGUUUGUCCAAAAAACAAUUUUGAAAGUUCAGGUUGAGGUCACCGAUAUAGGUUUUAAGUGAAGUAUUAAAAAUAGAGACGGCUGUGAUGCAGGUAAGGAGUAUUUAGAAACAUGCAAACACUGAGCCUGUCAAUCAUUCAAGUAAGGAAUAAAAAGGAAAUUCCGUUUCAAAAGGAAAAUAUAAAAACAUGCAACAGGAAUAUAUAAUAUUUUAAUGCAUAGUCUAGAUAUAAUGAAAGUGUUGUGUUUAAAAGAAAAAAACUGAAUUCGUCCUUUCAACACUUUCAUACAGUGGAGGAGGAAAACAUGAACUGCUUCAUACUUGUUUAAACAUUAAUGAAGUCUGUCAAAAAGUUAAACAGAGUUAGAUUUAAAUAUGAUCAUUACUGCUUUCAGGGUAGGCAGAUGUGAUCAACAGAAACAGUCACUGAGCUGGUGUGAAAACUAAGAGCAGCUUGAAUCUAGAAAUGUUAAUUUCUUUAAUCAGUUGAUUGAAAAUUCUCAGUCAGAUGUUGUCAUACUCAAAGCUGAUGAACUCCAACACUCAAAUGUUGUCAUCUUGUUUUUUUUCAUCUGCUCCAGCUCUCUGUGAAGAACUGUUUCAUCCGCGGCUCUGUGGUCCGGUAUGUCCAGCUGCCUGCAGAUGAAGUGGACACACAGCUGCUGCAGGACGCUGCACGGAAAGAAGCCAUGCAGCAGAAGCAGUGAUUGACCUGCAGGGUGGGGUUUGGUUUGUGGGGGGGAGGGAGGGAGGGAUGUGGUUUCUUCUGUUUAAUAAUGAUAAGGUCUGUGCAGCUUUUGUAAACUGGGUCAUAUUUGUUGUUUUCCUGAAAUUUCAGAGAGAAUUUAAUUUCAUUCCUGACACUUCCGAUCAAUAUUUUUGCAAGAUAGUAAUCAUCGGAAAUGAUCUUCAACCAACAGGCUGUGCUAGAGACUUGAUUUGAGUCUGUUUUAUUUUAGUCAUCAAGUAUAUUUUUGAACACAGCUGAGUUGAAGAGCUGUGUUUCAGUUCCAAAAGCACUGCUUGUUGCUUCUCUUUAAAACAAAUUAUGUUGUUUUUUUAUGUCACUUCAAAAUAAAAACAUUUUAUUUAUAUUUUGAACUCUGAAA